UCCUGUGAGCGAUUGACAGGUCAACAGCCUGUGGCCCUGUUCCCACAGGAUGAGGAAGCUACGCCAAACUCACGUUGGUUCUGCGGCAAAGCAGAAGCAACAGCUGUGUUGAGUCUCUCCGCGGCACAGUUAUAAUUAUAACAGAUGGGAUUUUUUUUUUUCGCUGCUGCGGCACCUAGGUUUUCGCGUGUUGGGUCUUGGUACCUGGUUCCCACCUCCAUCCGUGGUUCGCGAGAAACUCUAUAUAUACCCAUCUGGCCGUCGGGGAAUGGUAAAGCACCUACACACACAUUCGUACCAGUGAGGGUCUCAUUAGAAAUAUAUUCAUAUGUCGCCUCCUACGAGACAGUUUGGGAAGCUCUCCAUUGGCGAGACCAUGCCAACGACCCAGGCGCAUCGUGGGCUGCAUCCCCAAGCGCCUGCCGACAGCGACGACGACAACGACACGUCUGAUGAGCCUAGCACAGACGAUGACGAGGAAGAGGAGGAGCUCGAGGGACGGUCCACCGUUAUGAGCCGCCAGGAGAAGGUCAGGGAUAUCUUCUCUGCUUUUGACGAAAGCACUUUGCCCGAGGAAUUCCGCCCCGAGCUCGUGGAGAGGACAGAUGUUUCGCGCAAGCCUGAACAAUGCGUUGUACAAGGAGAUUUCGUGGCCACCAUGUUUCGGUUGGCAGUGCAUGACAACAACGUUUAUACCAGCCUGCGGAAAGCCAUGCCGGCUGGAGCAUGUGCGGCCAUCUACUUCGAUAAAGCCCAGCAACGAUCCCGGAAAAUCUUGGCUGAGUUCGAUACGUACUGCCAGACCGGACAGCUUCCUCCCAACCGGGCGAGCAUGGAAGUCGUCGAUGUAGCAGAAGAGCUGCGCCUCCUCGUUGAUCAGAUCGAGGCCAACGUUUCUGCUCGGAGACCGAAUGGCAUCACAGGGGCGGCAGAGGCCCUAGUCACACUCCUUGAGGAUAUCUCUGGUCGCAAUGUCGAUGCUUUUGAGGGCAAUCGAUGGGGUCGAACGCCGCUUCCUGGAGAAGACGAAGAUGACCGCAACCUCUACGAGCAGCUCAUCGGACAGUCGGACGACGAAAAUGGAUUCUUCGUACUCGAUGCACUGGAGGAGCUACCGCCUGACGUCCUCCAGCAAUACCAGUCCAACCUGAUGGGUGUCUUGCGAAGAAUUGAGUCCGAACGCAAUCGAGCCCGGGUGCCCUAUAUCCUCAAGCUCCAAGCUUUGCUUCGUAUGGCAGACCCUAAUGCGGAACCGCUCUCCCCGUCUGGACAGAAGAGGCCCGCCGUGGGACCAGCAGGAGGAACCACGAAACGAACGAGAUGAACCGCGAUGACUUGGUUAUGCUAUAUGUGCCCGUCGACGAUCAGGGGAGACCGAAUGGACAGGUCGGAGAAUCAUGGACGUGGGCGUUCACGGCAGGCGCUAUGCCCUGUUGUCCUCUUUUCAAGGCAUAAACGUAUUGGAUCUUUCCAGCCUCUUUCCUUUAUAGAAUUCCCUCUCUCUUUGUGACCUUCCGCAAGCCAUCCAACUACUG